AAUGCAUCUUUUAUAGACCUUAACACCCAAAAGAAAAAAUCCACAAGGUUUAAAAGUGCAAAGGAAAGUCCACCCGAACGAAGAGAGUUUAAACCCCAGAGCCUUCCUUAAGAUGCUCCUUCGAUAUUUUCAGAACAGUUUUGUCAUGCCAAGAAUGGGGAUGUUGUCAAGUCGUUGCUGCGCACUUUUUCUUACGGUUAUCCUCGUACACCUGACCCUUAUAGGAUGGACAAGAUCAGAAAGUCUAUACCAACAGAGAUUUAAGCGUCAAAGCAGAGCAUCCAAAACAGAGUUGACCAUCAGCAGCCUCUCCAUUCAGUCCACUAUAGUCUCCCGAUAUGCUUUCACAAAGGUGCAGACUGUUAUGCUCAACCCUCACUCUGAAGCUAAGGACGCCAUCUUUGAUUUGGAUCUGCCCAGCUCAGCGUUCAUAUCUAACUUCACCCUCACAGUUAAAGGUAAGACGUACAUAGCCGAGGUGAAGGAGAAACACCAAGCCAAAAAGAUGUAUGAAGAAGCUAGAAAACAGGGGAAAACUACAGCCCAUGUCGGGACCAGGGACAGAGACACCGAGAAGUUCCGAGUGAUGGUAAAUGUGGAAGCAGGUGGAGAAAUUGGGUUCACUCUGACCUACGAGGAACUGCUCCGGCGGCAACUUGGAAAAUACGAGCACGCUGUGAGUGUGAGGCCUGGGCAAAUUGUCCAGAAUCUUAGCGUGGAGGUGACUAUCUCUGAACGCACAGGGAUAGAAUACGUCCAAGUGCUACCUCUGCGUACUAGUCGCCUGAUGACAAACGCAGUGCGAGGAGAGACUAAAGUACCCCCAUCCACUAAGGUUGAGAAGGGUCCACGCUGUGCCCGUGUCAUUUUUUCACCAUCACCUGCACAGCAGACUGCCCAGGCCAGCUCCGGCAUCGCAGCAGAUUUCGUCAUCCAAUAUGAUGUUGCUCUGAAGGACCUCGCUGGGGAUGUUCAGAUUUACAAUGGUUAUUUCGUUCACUACUUUGCACCAAGAGGGCUUCCAACCAUCCAGAAAAAUGUGAUCUUUGUCAUAGACGUAAGCGGGUCAAUGUUUGGCACCAAAAUGAAACAGACCAAAAGUGCAAUGCACGUUAUUCUGAAUGAUCUUCACCGUGAUGACUUCUUCAACAUCAUUAUUUUCUCCGACGUGGUGCAAGUGUGGAAACCAGGACAUUCUAUCCAAGCAUCAGCUCAAAACGUGAAGUCCGCUAAAGAGUACGUCAAUACCAUUGAAGCUAACGGAUGGACUGAUAUUAAUGCUGCACUCCUGGCUGCUGCUUCAGUAUUCAACCAGACCUCUCCAAAGCAGGUAAAAAGUGCCAAACCGAGAAUACCCCUUAUCAUCUUCUUGACAGAUGGGGAAGCAACGUCAGGUGUGACGUCCACCAACCGUAUUCUGGAUAAUGUGCACAAGGCCAUGGGAGAAAACAUCUCACUUUUUUGCUUGGCAUUUGGAGAAGAUGCUGACUACAAUCUUAUGCGAAGGUUGUCCCUAGAGAACCGUGGCAUUGCACGACGCAUAUAUGAAUAUUCUGAUGCCACACUUCAAUUAAAAGGUUUUUACGAUGAAAUUGCCAGUCCACUACUAUUUGAUAUUGAGUUGGCCUACCUUGGAGAAACUACAUACAAUGUGACACAGACCCUGUUUCCUAAUUACUUUCAGGGCUCAGAACUGGUGGUGACAGGAAAACUGAGACCUGGUACCAAGAAUCUUAAAGUUCAUAUGACCGCUCAUGACCACAAGGCACAAUUAAGUUUGCAAAAUGAUAUAACCAUGGAAGACAAUGCCACGCAAGACAGCUUUGGAUGUUCGGGGAACAUAGAUGAAAUACAGUGGUUUGUCCAGAGACUCUGGGCCUAUUUCACUAUCCAAGAUUUGUUGCAGGCCAGGAUCAAAGCAAAUGACACUGUAGCACGACGUCUGUUGACUGAGAAAGCUACCAACUUAUCCCUGAAAUAUAACUUUGUAACACCUGUUACUUCCCUAAUUGUGGUCAAGCCAGAAGACCCUGAGGAUACCACCACUCAAGCUACUACUUCUUCCACAGUAACCACCACAACUACUAUAUCCAGCACAAUCAGCACUGUUGCUUCUACAAGUACUGCUGUCUCGACAAAUAAAAUCACUGGUGGGUCCCAGGUUACCAAGCCUUUUACAAAAAGUGCCAAACCAUCAGCAACUUCCAUCAUAAGUACAAUUAGACCAACAUCCCCAAGAACAACAAUUCGGCCAACAUCCCCAAGAACAACAAUUCGACCAACAUCCCCAAGAACAACAAUUAGGCCAACAUCCCCAAAAACAACAGUUAGACCAACAUCCCCAAGAACAACAAGUAGACCAACAUCCCCAAGAACAACAAUUAGACCAACAUCCCCUGGGACAACAAUUAGACCAACAUCCCCUGGGACAACAAUUUCUGCAGUUACAGGAAGCAAAGACCGUGCUGGCAUUACUGCAGGGCCAACCACAAUUCCCUCUACCUUUGAGAAACUUACCUUAGUGUCACCAACUAAUUACUCACUUUCAACCCCUCAUCCAGACUCUCAUCAUAACAUUCCUAGCAAUUCCACCAGCAGUAUACCACCACAGAACAUUUUAUCGGUGGCCCCAACUAAAGACAAAGCAGAUGAAUCUCCAUCCAUUAUUCUGACCUCAAUACGUCCGGCUAGCUUCUCAACUGUGCCAGUGGCAGAAAGCAGAACAGAGUUAUUGUCGGAAACCCUUUCUCCACCUUCUGAGGUCACCAGCCCUUUUGUGUCUGAACAUGGUGCAGAAGUGACCUCAGAUCCUACAUCACCCAUUUUCUUCCCUUCUCCCUUGAGACUUCUCAUUCUACCUGAUGAAGAACUGUACCAUGAAGUCACAUUACCAACAUUUGUGGAGUCCCUGCAUCCGCCUCCCAUGUAUAGUUUAUUAGAGGAGGUUUCAGGGGAAACAGAAAUGUACGAUUCAGAUGACCUUUUGUAUCAAAAAAGUUUUGAUGACGAUGAAGAUUUUGAUAUGCUGCUUUCUGGUGUCCCUGGACUUCAAACGUUCAUGUCUUCAGUUGAUGGAGACCCACAUUUUGUAGUGAAUCUACCUCGUAGCCAAGAGAAGCUGUGUUUUACUUUGGACGGACGACCAGGGGAUAUUCUGCGACUUGUUUCAGAUUCUUCUACAGGAAUCACUGUGAAUGGGCAUUUGAUGCAAGCCCCUUUUAAAAUUGGCUCUGAAAACAGAAUACGCACCUAUCUCGACAUUAUCACCAUCAUUGUCAACCAGCCAAAUGCCAACUACAUCAUCAAUAUAUCGCUCAACACUUUGACUCUCAAAGGAGAAGACCAGCUCUCCCUCCCGCUCAAUCAUCCAGCUUUUCAGCAGAAACCGCGACUUGCUAUCAAAGUGUCACCUUCCUCCAAUGUCACCGUUUGGAUUGGGCAUGAUGUGGAGCUACUGAUUAUGUUCCAUCAGUACCGCCAUCCAACAUAUCUGCAAUUGGACCACUUGGGCUUUUACAUUGUGAAUGGAAAAGGGCUAUCAUCACAUUCUGCUGGUCUGCUAGGUCAAUUCCAGAAUGCACAAAUAGAAGUCACAGAGAAAAAGGAAAGCAACAAGUUGACAUCCUUAGCCAUCGUGACACGAAAUAACCACACUGCUCCAGCUACUCUUGUUUUGAAAUCAAUGAAGGACUCACCCGCACGCACGCACAUGUCCAAGUGUUGGUUGGUAAAACAUGGGGAUAUAGAAAAUAUUCUUGAUGGAAAAUACAUCUCAUACGUAGUAACGGACCUUCAGGAACUGUAAAAUCACAAAUAAGAAUUCAGAUAUAAUACUGGACUGUUGUGAUGAUGGCAAACUAGAUACAGAAGCCAAGAGAACUUACUGGUUAACAUUAGUAAACAUCCUUCAGAAGGUCAAGGUUCUAGAACGUCAUCUGGAGCUAGAACUAAAAUAGGCAACUGUGGAUUUCCUUCUCUUGUUCAACUACUUUUCUCAGCAGCCAGAGUAUCUAUAUGAAGCUGAUCGGAACUGUAGAUUAUCGGAGAGUAGAGUAGAAAAUGCACUGAAAGGUUCUGUGUACAACAUGUCGGACUCACCAACAUUGACCUAGCAGAUCUUGUCAUGGUUCGGUCAACAAUUAAACAAAAAAACUAUUGUAAAGUAUACGAAUAACUAUAUAACUAUAUAUAUGUAUAAUAGGUUAUACUAAUCUGUUGUGUAUAUGUAAAAAAAAAUGUGAUAUGGAGACAGAAUGGCUGAUUAAAGGGGCAGCUUUGUACAAUAUGUUGAAAACACACCUAUUCGGAAUCGAAAGCUGUGGAUCUAUUGAAUCUAUUGAGAGAAAAAAAGAUUACCGUGAUUAUUGUAUCUGUCCAAAUACCUUAUUGUCCAAAUACAAAGGAAUUCCUCUUCUUUUAUAGCGUGGAUUUACCGCAUAAGAAAUACAAUUUAGUGGUACUUCCAUUUAAAUGUCCAUCUCGGAGAUAAAAAAAUAAAUAAAUGUGUCCCUCCCUUAGUGAUGUCUUCUUCAGGCUGAUAUUCACAUGCACAGGCUGUAUCCAUUCAUUUUUGUUUAAUGAAUGAGGAGCUACAAGUAACUUUGUUGCACAAUCUUCUGAUUGGCCUAAAUAGAGCAACACAGUGCAGAGGUUUAUGGGAAAUAUAGAUCUAAAAUGUUCUAUUUUUGUAUCUAAUUACGUUCCCUUUAAAGAGGCAGACAGAGGCUUAGAGGAAAGUUGAUUUUGCAUUAUUUGCAGUGAAUAAAAACAUGGAUGUAGUUUAAUGCAAAUAAAUAAAUCAGAAUUAAUAA